AACGACUCUUUCUCCACGUCCGCCAUUUUGACUCAACAUAGCGAACAGUCCGAGGCAUAAUUCUUGAAUUGGAAGCAAACCAAGCACUGUAGUACAUUCUCGAGAAGCGGAGAAGUAAAUCAGGGUACUAGAAGGUAAAAGUCUGUAAAAUAUUUAAUAGGGUGUCUCUGAAUUAUUCAUAUUUUGUAAAUGAAAUUAUACUUCCGGUUGCGAGUCGACUUGAUUUGACAAUAGGUACAGUGACCUACGUGUACGGGGACUUGUCUGGAGGAUAUCUGAGAGUGUAUUGAAUAGCAGCAUAUCAGCAGUUGUAAUCUAGAUCAUUGAAGCAAGUUAAAAUCGGUUUUAAUUAGUAAAAGUUGACCCACUUAACAGUCCAUCAUGGGGAGCAUGUUUAGCCAGCUGUUUAAAAGUUUAAUCGGGAAAAAGGAGAUGAGAAUAUUGAUGGUGGGUUUGGAUGCCGCUGGUAAAACCACAAUUUUGUACAAACUUAAGCUAGGAGAAAUUGUCACAACUAUUCCCACAAUAGGUUUUAACGUUGAGACUGUAGAAUAUAAAAACAUAAGUUUUACGGUGUGGGAUGUUGGAGGUCAGGACAAAAUUCGGCCAUUAUGGAGACAUUACUUCCAGAACACACAAGGGUUAAUCUUUGUGGUUGAUAGUAACGACAGAGAACGUAUCACUGAGGCUCGCGAGGAACUGACCAGGAUGUUAAAUGAAGAUGAACUCCGAGAUGCCGCACUUUUGGUCUUCUGUAAUAAACAGGAUCUGCCAAAUGCAAUGAAUGCCGCAGAAGUCACAGAUAAACUGGGACUCCACAGCCUAAGGAACCGAGCGUGGUACAUCCAGGCUACAUGUGCCACUAGCGGCGAUGGUUUAUACGAGGGUCUCGAUUGGCUGUCAAACACACUAAAAAACACGAAAUAGUAGAGGUGCCACCAAGUAAUGGAAUAAGGGGAGAUAUAUAAAAAAAAAAACUGUACAAGGAGGAUGUUUAAAGGACUACAGUUGUAUACUGGGGAAGCUAUUUAUUGUGUCAAGGAGUUCUAGGGACAGACAUAUCUCGACACUAAUGUUUAGUUUUACUUCUCCAUUGUUUACGGAUAAGAAGGAGGGGCACAUCUUCCUAUUAAUGUGGUCACUCUCUUUCUUUUUGCUAUGUUUAGUAUGGAUUUUUUUUUUUUUUAAGUGUGGCUGUUGAAACUAUGAAUAUGUUAAAAAUGAGCUGAUUUCUUCAAACUCGUAUCUAGUUUACUAAUCAUCAAUGAUGUAACAAAGCGUUGCCAUGGAUAUGUGUGGCUGUCGAUAUUUUUUUCUGUCUGGUGUAUUUUUUCUUUUUAGUGGAAAUUUACCAUGUGUAACUUGUCAAAUGUUAUCUUUUUACAUCAUGUAAUUAACAGAUGAUAAUGUGUUAGAAGUUGCUGUAUGUAACUGAGGCAACAUAUUCAAUAUUGCCCUGUGUGUAGGGCUAAGCAUCGCCCUAUGUUGGGUAAUGAGAUUUAUUUCAUUCACAGUCAUCAGUUUUCAUAGUUGUCUUUCUUAUAGUCCCAGAUUCAGAUAAAGGACCUUUAUUUUCCCUCUCCACCAAAAAGCUCGCAUUUCUGGGGCGAUAUUCAGGUUAUUAAGCAUAACUUUAAUGUUGUACUGUAAACUUACAAUAUCAUAGCUUUAAUGAAGCUGUCUAGAAUCAGAAAGAUGUUUUUUUUUUAAAAAGAUUCUGGGAUUUUGAAUAUCAACAUUCCAACAAGACAAUUCUGCUAUAACAGGUCUAUCCGAGUCCAUGAGAUGGCUCUUUGAUCCGCGGGGUGAUUGUGUUUUGAGAGCGUGUGUUUGUACGUGACUCGAGUGAUGCCGUGGAGUAUAUUGUUCUAAAGCUCUCGUUGUCUUUUAAAGUCCUCUUUCUCGUAUCCAGAGCGGACUAAUUGCGCUCCGUAAAAAACUUAUUUAACAAUCUAUCUUCAUAGCCCAAGAGUGCUUAUAUUUCUUCUGAAAAUCCAGAGAAUGAAAUUUAAUAGUCAUAAUAAUGGUGUAUUUGAGAUGCAAGCUUUCUGUAUACAGUACCUGUUUUAUAUUUAUCAUUUGUGAAUAGAUAAGUACUACACUUAAAUAAACACAGUUCGUCUACAA